AGUUACACAAAGUUGGCUGGCUAGUUGUGCUUACAUUUUGUGUUCAUUGAGUGAGUAAUAUAUAAAUAGCUUCAGACUUCAGAGGAAUCAUCUUUCAGUUUCUCAAGUUCUGGCUUCAGAUAAGACUUGGUCUUGGUCAUUCAUUUCUCAAGCAUAAACAUAAUAAAGAGUUCAACUUUCUGGCAGUGUAUAUAUAAUCUGCCACUCUUGAUUUACAAUGUAGUGGCCAUGGUUUCUAUUCCAUCUCUUGUCAAUUUUAUUUCAAGAACUAUGUCUUCGAAUAAAGAUAAGAGUUAUGGAAAGGAUGAUGAUGCAAGGAAAGUUGUGGAAGCAAUGGCAAAGGAAGCAAAGAAGAAUGAAAUGUUGUUGAGUUCAUCUGGAAUUGUAAAGUCUGACAAGUCCAACAAUUUUUCCUGUGUGUUCACUAAAAAGGGUCAGAAAGGAUUCAAUCAGGAUUGUCUUAUUGUUUGGGAGGAAUUUGGAUGCCAAGAAGACAUUAUUUUGUGUGGAGUUUUCGAUGGACAUGGACCUUGGGGACACUUUGUAUCUAAAAGGGUCCGAAAAAUGUUACCAAAAUUUUUGCUCUUCAAUUGGCAGGAAAAUCUGGCUGAAAAAUCACUUGACCUGAGUUUUAAGAUGGAAACAGACAUGAAUCUCCAUGAGUAUGAUAUAUGGAAGCAGUCGUACAUAAAGACUUUUGCGGCAAUUGAUCAGGAUCUAAAGCGGCAUACUGGAAUUGAUUCAUUUCAAAGUGGAACUACAGCUUUGACAGUUAUCAAACAGGGUGAAUAUCUCAUUAUAGCAAAUGUUGGUGAUUCUAGAGCUGUCUUAGCAACUACUUCAGAGAAUGGCACAUUGACUCCUAUUCAGCUUACCACUGACUUGAAGCCAAAUUUACCAAAUGAAGCAGAGCGCAUAAUGGAAUCAAACGGAAGAGUGUUUUGUAUGGAAGAUGAACCAGGAGUAUAUAGAGUUUGGAUGCCAAAUGGUAAGAGUCCAGGACUAGCAAUAUCAAGAGCAUUUGGUGAUUAUUGUGUAAAAGACUUUGGACUAAUCUCAGUACCAGAUGUGACACAAAGAAAACUCACUACUAUGGAUCAAUUUGUCAUCUUAGCAACAGAUGGGGUAUGGGAUGUUAUUUCCAACCAAGUAGCUGUGAAAAUUGUUGCUUCAACACCAAAUAGAGAAAAAGCAGCUGAUAGGCUAGUGAAAUGUGCAAGACAUGAAUGGAUAAGUAUUUCUCUAGCUUUAGGAGAGGCUGUUUAUAAACUACACUUGAUUGUGAUUUUAUGUCUUAGAACACUUUUGAAGAGCGAAUAUAUAUGCUUUUAUAGCAAAAUGUAUGAACUUGUACCAGUUACUUGGCACCACAUGAAUGAAGGUUGAUGCUCUCUUGAGAAUGGAUUUUACCUUAAACCUUUA